AUGCCCAAAGUCUUCCUAGUGACCGGCACCUCGACCGGCUUCGGUCAUGACCUGAUCCAAGAGGUGCUGAACCGGGGCGUCAUCCAACAGGUCACCAGCGUUGGUGGACAGCGCGGAGCCGCCGCCUUUAGCAUGUAUGCCGCAAGCAAAUGGGCGGUCGAAGGCUUCACUGAGUCCCUGUCAAAGGAGGUUAAGCCCGAAUGGGGGAUUAAAUUCACCUGCCUUGAGCCCGGUGGCUUCAGGACUGAUUGGGCCGGUCGCUCAAUGGCCUUCACUGACCGGCAUCCCGAGUACGACCAUAUCGACGCCAAAGCUCUGAUGAUGGCCCGGAACGGAACUCGACCCGGUGAUCCCCGGAAGGCUGCUAAGGCAUUUUACGAUCUUGCCACCAUGGAGAACCCGCCGUUGAGGAUCUUGCUGGGCACAGACGCUUACCCGGCCAUCCUGGCCCGGUUGGAGAGCGAGCGAGAAAAUUUCUUGAAGUACGAACAGCUCAGCUUGAACACAGAUGUUGAUUAG